AUGACUUCUUCCGACGUUCGCGAUGUUCUCAACUUGGGGGAUGGAACGGCUGGCCCCCGAUCAAGCAAGAAGCAAAAGCUUGCCGCGCCCAGACCAAACUUGAAGGGUCUAGCGCGUGAAGUACAAAACCUUGGAGGCGACAACCCUAUUGCCAUUGUCCCUGAAGUCACACAUUUCAAGAAGCGACGAUUUACGAGCCGAAAACCUGCUGCGAAAUGGGAGAUGCGACCUUUCAAAAACUCGGCGCGUGGCGAUUCGAAUUUCACUUUGCGACACUGGAGGAGAAAGGAUGAGAAGCAAGAAGGAAUCGACGAAUCGCAAGAGCAAAUAAGUCAAGGAGACCAACCACAACCACCAAAGAACGAGCUGGAGGAUUCUGCCUUUGCAAAAUACAAUGUGCAGGUUUCGGUACCACAGUAUAGCGAGGGGCAGUAUCAGCAGUCACUACAACAUGUUGACUGGACCAAGGAGGAGACAGAUUACUUGCUGGAGCUAGCACAGGAUUUCGACCUUCGAUGGCCCUUGAUAUGGGAUCGCUACGAAUGGAACCCUCCAGCCACCAACGGGGAAGCUGAUGAUGACGGUGACGAGAGUAAGGCGAUCGUGCCAGCAACCAGGUCGCGGACCCUAGAAGAUCUCAAGGCGCGCUAUUAUGAAGUCGCAUCCAAAAUGAUGGCAGCGCAGAAGCCUGUACAGUACAUGACACAACCAGAGUUUUCUCUCCAUGAGCUCAUGGCACACUUCAACCCUCAACAGGAGAAGUUGAGAAAGGAGUUUGCCCUGAACGCCUUGACACGAUCACGCGAGGAGGCACGCGAGGAAGAGUCGCUCUUGCUGGAGAUUAAGCGUAUUCUAGCACGCAGUGAACGAUUCAACGACGAGCGUCGUGAGUUGUACAACCGCCUUGAUUAUCCUCGAUCGGACACAGACAUCAAUGCCUUCAAGUCCUCUGCCGGCCUACAGAAUCUUUUGCAGAACUUGGUGACUGCCGACAAGACUAAGAAGCGCAAAUCGCUCAUGCCUGGCGAUGUCAACAGUCCUGCUGGCACGGUGCCCCCGCAAACUGCAGCGGCGGCUUCUGCUGCUGCUACGGCCGCCGCCGCAGCUCAAGAAGCUGGCAGACGCGAAAGCACAGCUGCAUCUACUGGCCCCCGUGAAUCUACUGGACCUGCUCCUACACCGGCAGCUGCAAACAACAAGAAGGGCCAGCAACAGCAACAGGAGCGACGUAAACUUACGACACAAGAAGAGUUGUUAUAUGGUGUCACCCAUCACGACCGACUGGGAUCCGGACCAACUUUCCGGACUGAGAAGAUCAACAAGUUGUUCUCGCACAAGUCAAACCAGCAGCAGAUGCGUAUCACGAAUGUUCUUAACGAACUGGACGUGCCUAAUAAGCUCAUCAUGCCUACCGCAGCGACUACACAUCAAUAUGAACAACUUCUUGCCGCAGUCAACAGCUUGCUUGAUGCCCGUAAAGUCUCAGACAAACUUGACCAGGAAAUCAAGACUGAGCAGGCAAAGAAGGCAGAGCGACAGAAAGCCAUGCCCCCCCCUGAAUCCGAGUCAACAGCAGAAAAAGGCCAAACCGGCCAAGAGAAGAAGGACGGAGAUGAUGGAGAGGCCCGUGCUGCUGCUGUCACCGCUGAUACGAGCAAGGAGGAAACGAACGGUGACGCCACAUCUGCAGCCGGAGAUGCGACCAAGGAUGGCUCAGAAACAGUAGCCCUUACCUCCGAGGCCCCAGACGCACCUCCCAAAGAAACCGAACAAAACAUUGACGAACGCCCCGGUAGCAGCGGUGCACCGCACAAGCGAAGUGCCAGUGUUCUAAGUAGUGUCAGCGACAAGAGCAACAAACGUCAGAAGAAGUAA